UGGACUGUCAACGGGGGUUUCGAAAUGUGGGAGACGCGUGCCGAUUCCGUCGUUUUAUUCAAGUGAUCUGAUCCGGUUGUGGAAGAGUCACAAAAAUCAUGUGGCCGAUGCGGCCGGAGAUGACUCGUGACGAGUGCAAAAAAUGCUUGCGACGCCUCGAAUCGGAUGCUUAUGGAAGUAUGGUUUCUGUCCUACGUGCUCAAGGCCCUUUUACUAAUGAUAAACAAAAGUUGUUACAAGAACUUGCUAAAGUAUUACACAUUUCUAACGAAAGGCACCGGUCUGAAGUACGGAGAGUUGUGAAUGAUGAUAUGCUUGCCACAAUAGCAGAACAACUCAAUGGUCCAAAUACCGGUACAGAUUGGGCCAUCGAAAGUCGCCGAACUAUUCCUCUCAUGCCAAGAUUAAAAGCGCGAUCUGCUUUCACAACACUGGCAAAUAGCUUAUCUCUCGCAACUACAAUCGCAGACGAGAAGAAACCUAAUAGACAUGUUAUUCCUAGAUGGCAUGCAAACUCGACAGCUGCUGAAAGUGAAUCACAAAGUGAAGUGCAAACAGAGGAAAAUUUAUCUGUUCACACAAAAUUAUGCAGUCUUGAGAAUGAUCUUGAUAUUAGCAAAAUCUUAGAGGAAAAUUCAAAUUUGGCCAAAGACGAAAAGAUAGAUGAUAAAGAUAAAGUCAGUAGAGUUUCUGAAACACCUAAGAUAUCAAGACUUCCUGAAAAGCGCAAACAACUUUCUCCAUUGCCAGCAGCACCACCGAAUAAAGUUUUAGUGGUAUCUAAAACCACACCAUUAGACCACAAUUUUUGGACAGUUGAAAAUGAGCAAGCAUCGUCGCAAGUACCAUCAGCAAUUACGCAUCAUCAAAAUGUUGCAGUAAUUUCUUCUACUACUGAUGAGAUUUCAACAAAUUCAAAUUCUAAAGAGAGCAUAACAGCGUCAGAAUACUUAAGUGGACACACAGCAGUUUCAUCAGACAAACCUGUAGCCAUUACAACAAUUUCUGUGUGCACAAGUAAUACUAGCGAGCCUACGACGGUACCAAGUAUCAUAAAGAAUAAAGUUAGUACAAAAAUAGUGCCGGCGGUAUCGAGCAGUACAUUGAACACGCCGCUAAAGGAACAGUCGGAAAAUAAAGACGCGCACUCUCAAGAUGUCGCAAAUAAUACACAGAAAAGUGCAAGAUCUGAAAACACUAACUCGAAUCCGUCAUGUAAUAAACGAUCUAUGGCGUCAAUCAUACACGAAGCCAUAAUGUCAAGUACUCCGCAUCGACAUACAGUGGCCGUGUAUCCUGGUACCACGGUAUCGAGCGGUCCUGGGCCACCUCAGAUUAAGCAACCUUCUGAAACAUUAAUGUGUAAGAAACUGCCAUCUGAACAAAUCAAGAUUUUUAAUCAAUCCACUGCCAAAACCGGUGCUACGAUAAAUUCCAAGAAAGUUGUAAAUAUACCUCAUUACCCUAACGCUAAAUUAAACACCAAGACUAAUGUGAUCGUUAUCCAGAAGGGUCACACGAAAGGUGUCACGCUAUCGCAUGCAGGCAAGGAAAUACUAGGAAAAGUAAUAAUAGGAGGAAAGAAUUUAUGCGUUACGAGUCAGCAUAAUACAAAUUCGAUUAGUGUUCAACCGCAUCAUAUCUCCCUGAAUAAUGGGGAUCAAACAAAGACUGCGCUACCGACUGCAAACUCUCCGCAGAAUGCAGAAUCCGUCAAAACAAAUUCUGGAAAAACAGCGGUUGUAUCCGUGGUCACGGCUCUGCGACACGAUCUGACGGACAAGAACAAAGCUCUGUCGCAGCUCUUCGACCCGCCUGACGGUCUUAACUCGGAAUCUAAAACUGUGAUACCAAACAAUGCGCGCUUGCUAAAGGAGGAAUGCAACAACGACGCAAAUACGGUCGAUCGAAAGUCGGCUCUGAAAACAGAUCCCGUUGACACUCUCGCGUUAGAAGAAAAGCAGCACAGAAACAAUAAAGACAUUAACGAGAGCAUGAAAUCUCAGGUAGCAAAUCUCUUAGAUUCCUCUAAUUCGCUGGAAAGCAGGGAAAUACUCGCCAGGCAAAAGCAACUCACCAAUACUAUGCAAGAUGACGCUGGAAGCAACAUUCGGGUAGAAGAUUCCGACGAAAACAUGGAUGCGUUUGGCGCGACGUUAGACACGACGGAUAUAAAUCUGGAGAACUUCCAAUACCUAGUAGACAACGACGACAGUCGGAUCCUGGAAGAAUCGGCGAGGUCGAUGAUGACCAUAAAUCAGGUGACCGAGCACGACGAUUCGUAACGUCUAAGAGGGUCUUAACGCCGUGCUCGUUACAAUUGUUGCACAACGGCGAGGAUAACGAUACUUUCAGUUUAGAGGCAUAGUCUAUAAGUAUGUUUCAACGAGAUUUACCUGCGUAAGCCUACUUAUUCGCUUGUUGGAAGAUUUCGAUGAUGAUUUGUGAGAGAACCGUGAACGAUCGAUUGCAGUCUUUUUAAUUAUUUACAUAACGUAGAAUGAGUAAGGCGAUCUGAUCAUUUAUGAAAAUGAAAAGUUUCGAUACGGAAAUUCAAUCAUACUGAUUGAUAUUAGUACUGCAUGUAAGUGCCAAAUCCAUGAUCUGCCGUUAAUUUAUACUUUUGUAAAGAAAAAAAAAAAAAAGGAAAGCAACCAUGACACGCGCGUUGUGUAUUCAUUCAUUCUUUUUCAUAAUCUUGUCAGUUUGUACUGUAAAUUGUUCCUUCAUCGAAUUUUAAUUCAUUAUUACGACUCUUCCAUUUGUUAACGGAAACGGAACUGUAAGCUGGAUGCUGCAUGCAGCGCUAAAUACUGAUUAUUAUUCUAUUUCUUGUUUUUUUUUCCUUUUUUUUUAAUUUUUUUUUUUACCUUGAAUGUGUUCUUGUGGCAGCUAUAUUUAAACGUAGCUCUUUGAUUAAAAUUUUUUGUAUCCCCACUGUAUAUCCAGCUGCGGCAAUCAAUUCGCUAUUAUGACUCUCCUAUUUGUUUUAAAGAUGAACGAAAUAUCAGCAACUACGAAUUCUAUUUUGCAUAUGUUGCAUGGUAAAAAAAAGUGUCAAACUGCACAUACGCUCGGAAAAUUGUUUUGUACUUCUGUCCGUAAAUAUGUAAGACUAAACGUUUCUGUGAAUGUGAUAUUAUGGUGUUAAGUACUAGAAGUUUGGUUCUGUGAAUCUGUCACUUGCUCAGACUACUGCUGCAGCGGCGCCUGUAAAUACUGUAUAAAAAUACCGAUGUACUCGGAUUAUUGAGAGGAGAUUGUUACGGGCGGAUUGAGAUAAGUUUUAUAUGUAUGGACACAUACGUGUGUACGUAUAUAUAAAAGUACCCUCUUCCGCCCUGCUGCCAUUAAUAAAAGCGUGAAUGUUAGCUAAAACUCGAUCGACGAUAGCUUUAGUUAUUUUAUCAAUAGAAGCGUACCAUUUUCUAUCUUUUUUUAAUAAAAUUUACUUAUAUAGGGCGAAAUCGACAGUCUCUGCUAAAUAGUAGUAUAACAGGAAAAAGGCUAUAUAUUUUUCAUAAAUAAAGCAACACUGCCCUUUGAUUCACAAUAUUGCGAUAUUCUGUUACUCAGAUUUUUUAUCGUAGCCGUAUUUUAGGCAGAUUUUUCGCCAAGUUCGCAAGAAUAUUUUCGCCUAAGUCGCUGUACGAAUUAAUAAGCAGCGUAAUUGCAAUCUUCGCCAAUAAAAAAAAUGUUAGGAUAUUAAAUUUUCUCAAUUGAGCACACGUUCUGAAUGUACUGAGUGUUUUAUAUUUCUCGCAUCUGUUUUCGCAUAUAAUUCCAAAAAAGAUAGCAAAUAAUUUUAAUAGAUUACUCUCUUCAAUUACUUACUAGAAUCUCAACUUAAAACUUUGUUACCGAGGUACAAAAGCGAAUGUUAAAAACUGAUAAAAAAGUGUACGCUGACAUACGCAUUCAGUCAAUUUAAGGUACAGAUGAAAGCUGAUGCGGUAAAUCUGAAAUACUUUAUGUAUAUAAUGCCAAUGCAAAUUGUGUACAGAUAUUUAUAGCUAAUUGUGAAAAAAU